AUAAUAUUGUAAUCUUAUCUAUGUAAAUUAUUCGAAUCAAUACGGACUAGCAGAUACCCUGGAUAUGAGUGAAUAUUUGUGAUAUCCAAGAGAACAUUGGACAAAACUCGUUCGCUUCGAGCACACUGACGAAGUCGCAUGCGCGCUUAGCAGAUUUUUAAAUUUCAACGAAAGAACAGGGAAUAAAAACCUACCUCUCCCCUCACUACCGACAAACAACAACAGCAACAAGUAGUAGAGGAAGUGAAGCAAACAAAUUUAAAAAUGGCGGCCGUGAACGCAUCACAAACAGACUAUUGGAACUUUCUGUUCAUCGAAUUGGCUGAUCCACGCACAAAUGAUUGGUUCCUGAUCAAGUCCCCGCUGCCCCUGCUCACCAUUCUGGGCUUCUAUCUGUACUUUGUGCUGUCAUGGGGACCGCGUUUCAUGCGCGAUCGCAAACCUUUCAAGCUGGAACGCACCCUGCUGGUCUACAAUUUCUUCCAGGUGGCAUUGAGCGUCUGGAUGGUGUACGAGGGCGUCGUCAUCUGGCAAUAUUACAGCUGGCGUUGUCAACCCGUCGACUGGUCACGCACGCCUAAGGCUUACCGCGAAGCUCGUGUCGUUUAUGUUUACUACAUGGCCAAGAUCACCGAAUUGCUGGACACUAUUUUCUUUGUGCUGCGCAAGAAUGAUCGUCAAGUCACAUUCCUGCAUGUCUAUCAUCAUACCGUUAUGCCCAUGAUCAGCUGGGGCACCUCCAAGUAUUAUCCUGGCGGCCAUGGCACCUUCAUUGGCUGGAUCAACUCGUUUGUGCACAUCGUUAUGUACUCGUACUAUUUCCUCUCUGCCUUUGGACCCCAAAUGCAAAAGUAUCUGUGGUGGAAGAAGUACAUCACCAACCUGCAAAUGAUCCAGUUCUGCUGCGCCUUCAUUCAUCAAACCCAAUUGCUGUACACCGAUUGCGGAUAUCCAAGAUGGUCGGUCUGCUUUACGCUGCCCAACGCUGUGUUCUUCUACUUCCUCUUCAAUGACUUCUACCAGAAGUCCUACAAGAAGAAACAGGCAGCUGCCAAGGCCAAGGCUGAAAAAGAGGUCUGCAGCAACAACAACAACAACAACGAUAGCUGUGCCAAGAACUUUAAUGCCGCCAUACAAGCAUCGCCAGCACAAAAGAAAGUGCUGUAAGUUGCCGGCCGGCAAAACAAAACCUUAACCCUUAAACCUUCCUUCGCCCCACUAUCCACUAUCCCAAUUUCCCAACUACUCCCAAAUACUCGUACAAAGCGGGACAAACACACACACAUAUGAACAACGCCAGCCGUGGAGUCGAAUACGAAAGAGAAUGUGACUUGCCUCGGAGAAUCAUCUGUCAUGGAGGCGGGCGUUGUUCUAUGUACAACUUUGUUGACUAAUUUGUUAAGUAAUCCGCCACCAAAAAAAAAACAAACCAGAAAAAAAAAAAAAAAAAAAAAAAAAAAACAAAAUAUGUAAAAAUUCGAGAAAAUGAGGUUUGAGUUAGUAGGCAAACAGUUAAAUGCUUUUUCGCAGCCAUCGCUUCGUUUGAUGUAUGUGUGUUAUGUGUUUGUGUGUUCAUCUUUUAUGAACCAAAACGAAAAUCCCAAAAAUAAGCAAAAGCAAACCCAAAACCAAACCCAAGCGAAGCGAAAUGAAAGAAGUUGUAUGUUUAUUCGACCCGAUGCCGAAUUAAGUUUUAAGUGAACGAGGAAAUGACAAAGAGGAAUUAGUUGUGUAAAUAAGUUAAGCGACGCAUUGACAGCACAAAGAAAUAGAAACAAUAAACAAUGUCUUGCAUAGAUUUUAUAAAUAUAUACAUAUAAUAAAUAAUGAUAUUGGUAUGUAAAGUACUUAGGCAUAAACGAAAACAAAAUCCCAACAAAUACACAUAUAUUUA